AGAUCAUAAUGCCACUGCACUGGACAGAAGACAGAUAUACGGGAGUAGUGACUAGCUGGGAUUUCGUUCGUCUGCAAGUUGAUCUGAUAUGGAUCUUCAUGGUGUUCAUAUUCCGAGCAGUAGAUUGUAGCCAAAUAGAAGUUAGUAAACAUAUGGAAAUGGGACGACAGUUCCUGUCCAAGGGUCAAUUUGUCGAUGCCUUAAGCCAUUAUCAUGCAGCCAUAGAUUUAGAUCCCAAAAAUUAUCAAACUUUGUAUAGCCGCGCAACAGUGUACCUUGCUAUUGGUAAAUCCAAAGCAGCGCUGCCUGAUCUGGAUUCAGUGAUUAGGCUUAAGCCAGAUUUUAUUGCUGCUCGCAUCGAAAGAGGAAAUGUGUUGUUGAAGCAAGGAGAUAUACAGCAGGCAAAGGCCGACUUUGAGGCUGCUGCAAAAGCAGAUCCAUCAAAUACAGAAAUAUCGAAGAAGUUGGUAUCAAUUGAAAAAGUAAGACAAAUCAUUGAUGAAGCUGAUGCUUAUUUUGGUGCCGGUGAUCAUAUUUCUGCAGAAUCGCAUUAUAGUAGUGCUAUAGAAGUUUGUCAGUGGCAUGCGAAUUUGUACAGAAAUCGUGCAAAAUGCCGAGAGAAACUCGGAGAUGUGCAAAAAGCAAUUGUAGAUUAUAGAACUGUCACGAAGUUAUUGCCGGAUAGCACGGAAACAUUCUACAAAAUCUCACAGCUUUAUUAUUUAACGGGUGAUGUUGAGGAAUCAUUGAAUCAAGUGCGCGAAUGUCUGAAACUAAAUCCAGAUGACGAGCUAUGUUUUCCUUUUUAUAAAAAAACAAAGAAGUUGGCGAAAAUGCGUGAAUCGCUUAAUCAACUGGUGCGAGAAGAGCGGUGGAUGGAUUGUUUAGACAAAGCGAUGCAAAUCUUGAAAGCUGAAAAAAAAGUGGAGAAUAUUCAACUGGACGUCUACAAGCAAACAUGCAAAUGCAAUCUAAAGGCUGGACACUUUGCUGAGUCGAUAGCGGCUUGUUCGGAAGUGCUUAAAUACGGUGAUCCGAAUGAUCUUGAUGUACUUUGCGAUAGGGCCGAGGCAUUUUUAAUGUAUGAGAAGUAUGAUGAAGCGAUUGAGGAUUAUCAGAAGGCAGUGAAUGGGCAUGAAGAAUCGGGACGAGCUAGGAAAGGUCUUCUCAGAGCGCAGAAACUGAAAAAACAAAUGGGAAGGAGAGAUUAUUACAAAAUCCUUGGCAUCAGGAAAAAUGCAAAUGAAAGGGACAUUCAUAAAGCGUACCGGAAAAAGGCAAAAGAAUGGCAUCCAGAUAAUUUCAGUGACGAAAAUCAAAAGAAAAUAGCAGAGAAGUAUUUUGUUGACAUUGCAGCAGCAAAAGAGGUGCUCACUGAUCCAGAAAAAAGGGCACAGUAUGAUAAUGGAGAAGAUCCGCUGGAUCCGGAACAGCAGCAAGGAGGCUUCCAGCAUCCCUUCCAAGGUGAAUUCCCGUUUGGCGAAAAUGGCGGCCCAUUUUCAUUCCAGUUUCACUUUGGCUAAAUCUUGCUUGUUUGUUGUUUUUUUUUUGGAUUAAUUUAUUUGCCUCUUCACGAAGUUAAGUGUAUACGGGUUGUUUAUUCUAAUAAUUUUGCAAUUUCCUCUCUUAUUUUCUCACAACAUAUAACAUGGAUAAACUUCCUUGUAGAAUUUGGGCAACAUGUCUUCCAUGUACUGAUGAGAUUAAAAUGUCCACUUUCACUUUUUGGUUCUGCUCACUUUCAAACCUCAUCUAGUAGUCGAAUCUGUGUCGGACAUGUGAUUCCUUUCACAAAUAUAAGCUUGACAAUUUCUUAUAAAAAGUCUGUGUUGGCAUUGUAAAUAUCAGCAAUGAAUCUUUGGUGUGCAUUGGAGGCAUGUCUGCAGUAAUGCUGAAAUACUACCUUGCUCUCAUUUCGCUAUUGCUUUUAUUUCUCCCGUUAGAGGUCAAAAGGUGAUACCGUGGAGAUAUUUCUGUUAUCUGUGGAUCGUUAAUGAAUGAAACACUAGUCUGACUUCUCUAUCACCUUAUACUGUUAUGCAUGCAUAUAUGGUAUUCAGUUUUGCUUAAUAAAUCAAACGU